GCUCGCGCUCAUCUUCAGUCAGUCCAUCGCGCGCUUGCUCACUGUCCGCAAGAGCACCGCUACAGCCGCGCUGCUGUCAUACUUGAGUCUUACAAAUAGUCUUAUUCAAAGCAGGAAAACGCCAAGACUUUUGACGUCUCUUUUGUAUUUUUUGGGGUCACGUAAACCUAUCCAAAGCGACAUGUGGAUUUACAAAAUUUUGCUCUGUGUGGCCGUUUUGGUUUACUCAGAAACUAAGAGGCAUGCCCUGCAAGACUACCAGAAAACUGAUGCCGUGCGCUUGGUCACACCACCUGAUGUGUCCUACAUGUCCAAAGGCCGCAAAAUGAGUGUGGGAAAAUGUGCACGUCGCUGUAGCCGCAACAGGAAGCUCCAGUUCACCUGCAGAGCAUUCAACUUUGAUCAGAAAACUACAAAGUGUAAUUUACUCUCCUACGACAGCCUCACCAUUGGUGUCCGCAUGGAGAAUGACUUCAACUUCGACCUAUAUGAGAAGAAAGACUUCAUGAGAGAAUGCAUCAUUGGCAAUGGACUCAAUUACAAAGGAAAGAGAUCGGUGACCAAGAGUGGAGUCCAGUGCCAACUCUGGAAUUCCAAAAUGCCGCAUGAACACAAUUUCUUACCCCAGAAGCACAAGCACAGAGAUCUAAGGGAGAAUUUAUGUCGUAAUCCAGACAACACCACAACAGGUCCUUGGUGCUUUACCACAGACCCCAAAAUGCGCCACCAGGACUGCAGCAUCCCACAAUGCUCAGAGGUGGAAUGCAUGACGUGUAAUGGAGAAAGUUACCGUGGACCAAUGGACCACACGGAGAGCGGUAGGGAAUGCCAGCGCUGGGACCUUGAGGAAACACAUAAACACAUUUUCCAUCCUAAAAGGUACCCCGAUAAAGGUCUAAAGGACAACUACUGCAGGAACCCAGACGGGCGCCAGAGACCCUGGUGUUUCACCACUGAUCCGAGCACUCCAUGGGAAUACUGUAACAUCAAACAGUGUGAUUCAGACAAUGGCGGUGACAUUGACAACACAACAACUUGUUUCCGUGGACGUGGAGAGGGUUAUCGUGGAACGGUUGGCAUCACCCCCGAGGGAGUGACCUGUCAGAGAUGGGAUGCCCAGUUUCCCCAUCGACACUCUUAUACUCCACAGAAUUACCGUUGCAAGGAUCUCCGGGAGAACUACUGUAGGAAUCCUGACGGUCAUCAUCUCCCAUGGUGCUUCACGACUGACCCCAAUGUACCUGUGGCGUUCUGCACCAACAUCCCUCGCUGUGGCAUUGCACCACCUGAACAUGAAGAGUGUUAUACGGGCAUUGGUGACACAUACAAUGGAAAACGGGCUAAAACACGCUCUGGCAUCCCUUGUGCUCCAUGGAAAGAUCACAGUGAAAGCAACGAAAGAGAUGUGGACUUGCUGAUGGCUGAACAGGCGGGGAACUUCUGCAGAAACCCGGACAAGGACAAACACGGCCCAUGGUGUUAUACCAACAGCUCAUCCAUCCCCUGGGAUUACUGCUCUCUCAAACCCUGUGAGCCCUCACAUAACAAUCUGCCACAAAAAGAUGAGGGUACAAAGACCUCAUGUUUUGUUCACAAGCAGGUGAGAAUCGUCGGUGGUGGGCCUGUCCAGAUUAAAGAAGGCAGCUGGAUGGUCAGCAUACAGAGAGGGAGCACUCACUGGUGCGGAGGUUCUCUGGUCAGGGAGGAGUGGGUGCUGACAGACAGACAGUGCUUCUCGUCAUGUGUGCCUGACCUAUCAGAGUACAGAGUUUGGCUUGGUAUAUCCCAUUUGAAUGAGUCGGGUGAGAAUGACUUCCACAGACAGGAGAGGAGAAUCUCGCACGUGAUCUGUGGCCCGGAAGGCUCAAGUCUCGCUCUUCUCCGACUGACUCAACCUGCGCUCCCAAGAGAGCGUGUCAGAAUCAUUCAGCUGCCUGUGGCGGACUGCAGCAUUCAGGAGGACACCAUAUGCUCUGUGUACGGCUGGGGUGAGACCAAAGGCACUGGACAUGAGGGAACAUUGAAACGGGUUCAUCUGCCCAUAGUGAGCAAUGAACGAUGCCAGCAGCUUCACAAAGGGGCUAUUCCGAUCACCAGUUCAAAACUGUGUGCUGGUGGCAGAAGGGAUGAAGGAGUGUGUGAGAAAGACUAUGGCGGCCCUCUAGUAUGCCAAGAGAGUAACAGUAAAGUCAUUGUUGGCGUGAGCAUAAACGGCAGAGGAUGUGCCCGACACAACCGACCAGCCAUUUUCGUGAACGUGGCCUUCUAUACUGGAUGGAUUCAUAAAGUAUUCAAAAAUUAUCCAAACUCAGAAAUAAACAACUGAUGGAGAAUAAGCAGGAUUGAACAUACGAUCUGAGAUAUAGGAACAAAAAUACAGAAUCUCCAUAAAUCUGACAGUUCAUUUCUUGAUUUUGGGUUCAUCUGAACAGCUCUUGUUGAAAAAGUUCUUGGGAACUUUCCCAGCAUGGCCGUGAAACAUAUAUUCAGAAACUACUCAAAGAGCUAGAACUGCGGCUGAAACUGUUGCUCUGAAUUCAAGCAAUUUGUACACCUAAUAAUGCCAGAACCGCAGAGCAAGGCGCUGGGAGACAGAGUCUCUAAAGGCUAAAUUCGCAACUAGCCAUACGGAAAGAUAAAGAUUACUGGACUGAAGUGCGGAUGGGCAGCCAGAAUCUGUUUCAAGAAUCAAUAGCAAUUCCUGGCCACCAACCAAAAACUUCAAGUCCUCGAAGAGAAAUCUUGCUGCAGUGCGUUACAGAGCAUUCGUAUGUACAUUCAACCCACACAUUACCCAUCAAACUAACAAUCUGUACUUCAAUUGGGAUAUUGGAUUCAGAGACUCAAUCCAAGUUUGAGUCUGGAUUCAGACCAGGACUUGAUAUAUGGAUACAAACUCUUAGAUCCCAGCAGGAAUCUGCCGUUCCCCUCUUUAAAAGCGUUCAAAGCUGACCGACGUACAUAUUUCGGCCGCUCCUCAUCGAGAAAGAGGGUGUUAUGAUUAUAAGUACUUGUUGAUAUAAAACCCUCAUUAACAGUGUCAUUCAAAAAGCCCCUCGAUAAAGUAUUAGCUGUUAGCUGUUAGCAUAGCUAAAUGUAGAAAAUCUUAUGGGUAAAAGUAUACACAGAAGGCUUUUUUUGCGUUUAUGCUCCUGAUAAUACUUGAAAACACACAUGAGAGAGGUCACUGUGUCCCUCAAUAACACCUCCACGUGUCGCCAUUACAGAUUGUCGUUUGGUCAGCGUAGGUGUUUAUAUAGUCAAAGGUGUUCCAUCCAUUUCCAGUGUUGAUAUUUUGUCCGCAAGCCUGAACGGAGAUGACAUGACCUGCUUGUAGUGACAAAUUCGUAGUUGUCAUAACAUAUCAGCAUUUGAGGUUCCCAUACACUAUGUUCGGUUUAGAGCAGAAUUCAGAGGAUUUGGAAAUGUGUGUUGUAAAUACUGUGGUCGUGGGAGUGGGGUACUCACUCCCAUUUCUUUCGUAGGUCUCAUAGACCUUUAUAAGAUGUUGGCCUCCUCCAUUCCAGUGUCGUUUUGUGUCCUCAUUGGGUGGUUUUAUAUAUUUGUAAAUAUAUCUGUAUUAAUUCCAAAUGCACAUGUUGUCAGUGUACGCUAAGUGUUGUGAAAAUCAAGAACGAGUGUGAUAUUUUAUGUUCACUGAAUCGUGCGUGUGUGUAUGAGUGUGUGCAAUGCUGCAAAGAUGCAUUGAAGCCGAAAUGUGCGUCUCUGCAGGACAGAGAGCAAAGCGAGCGUACAUCGUGUGUAUUUGUAGACAUCGGAAUAAAGGGCAGUUUGGGAAUUUUACAGAUUAAUUUAGCUGAUUUUCAGAUCAGAGCCAUUGUAAGAUAAAUCCGAGUGAUUUUCUCUCUUGUGUGGUCUUGGAUCGCUCAUUCCACGAGCGCCUCGUUCUCUCGUAGGCUACUGGCCUGCCUCCAAAAACAAUCAGCUUGGGAAAUUACCUCCAAAAAUCAUAUCGGCUUAAACAAAUAGCUCUCUGAGUGAUGACUCGUAAGUGUUCGUAUUCCAUCCACUCCCGAUGCUAAUUAUGUUGGUUAAAAUGAAGGAUGAGUCGUUUUGUAAGGACGUUGUUGAACACAUUGAGAUUAGUGUUACUAAAGCACAAGACAAGGCAAAAGAGCCCUUCAGUGGUACCUCAUUUGGCUUUAACAUUUAUCAAAACAAAUGUUUUCGUGUAGUAGUGUUUUUUUUUUUCUACUUUGGAACAACAUGAAACCUGUGUUUGAGGAAACCUAGAAGCUGCUGGAUGAUUGAGCUUGUUCUGAACUUUUUUCUAAGAUACGUUGAGGGGCGAAUUCAUUUGUAGUAUUUCGGUGCGAAACCUGCAUCACAUUCCCUAACCACCUGCUAUCCAGUUUAACCAGGCGAUAAAGUCAUUGUCAUUAUUUUCAGUGCAAACAUACCUCCUUUAUGCAUAUGCAAAUUAGUCUCAUUAUGGAGUGUGAAUUAUUCACACAACCCACCAAUAUUUGCCUGCCGCAAUUAACGUCCCGGUACUGCAGUUAAAUGGAAUUUAAUUUUCAUUUCAAGAGAUGUUUGUGUACAUUUUCUGUUAAACAUGGCAGUACAGAUUUAGUUUGCACUGUUAUUUCAUUUAUGUUAUUCCUUUUUUGAAU